UCUACUCUCUACUAGAAUCACAUGUGCUAGAAUCGUGGAGUCUCAGCACUUUCAACUUUUAGUAACAAAAAGGAUCAGUGGUCAAAAUUAACGAAUAUUAAUCGUUAACCUAAUUUUAUUGAUUUUUUAGCUGCUAUAGCUAAACUGUACCCUCAUUUUUAACUGGACGCAUGUUAUUGAGAUAUAUAAGCUAAUACAUUUAUCUUCAAAUGUUAAAAAAAAAUGAGAAUUAAUCUUCAACAGAAUUUCAAGCAGUUUUGUAGGUCACGGUGUUUCUUGCUACACACAUUAUCCGCAGAAGCACCAAAGAAAAAUGUAAUCGAUACGAAAUUAUUUGUGCCAGAACCAGAAUAUGAUACAGAUUUCUUAUGCAACCCUGUAAAUCGUGAUAUUAUUUUCAAUAAUAUUAAAAGUCGAAAAGGUAUUGGAGAUAUUGAUAAAGUUCUCGAAUAUUCCAGUAAUCCUGAAAAACAAGAAUUACUUUUGCAAGAAUUAGGCAAAAUACCAAAUCGUACACAUCCUGCAGUAAUUGAAUAUGGAGAUAAGCCAAAAUUGUUAAAGAAGUGUGGCAGAAAACCACAAUUUGACUUUGAGCCACAAGAGUUUGCAGAACUUACCACUAAUUUAAAAGCGAUAAGAACUCAUACACUUGGCCCUGUUACUGGACAAAGAAGUUAUAUACUUCUUGGGGAUCUAGCAGAAUUGGAGGAAGCACUAAUUCAGUAUACGAUUAGAAGAUUGAUGAAGCAUGGAUUUAAAUUAUUGUCAGUACCUGAUAUUAUCCCUACUAAAAUAAUCGAGAGAUGUGGUUUAAUAGUGGAUGAUGAUCGAACUUUGGUAUAUAAUUUAGAAUCUCAUUAUGAUGACAAAUAUAGUUUGUCUGGAACUGCAGAAAUGUCAUUAGCUAGCAAAUUGAUGAAUACUAUACUUUCCUAUGACAUGCUACCAAUGAAAUUGGCAGCUGUCAGCCGAUGCUAUCGUGCAGAGGGUUCAGGUGCUUUAGUUGAAAGAGGAAUCUAUAGAGUUCAUCAGUUUACUAAAGUGGAAAUGUUUGUUUGCUCUAAACCAAAUCAAUCUGAGGAAGUGUUUCAAGAUCUUCAGAAUAUACAGGAGGAAUUGUUCUCUUCGUUAGGAUUGCACUUUCAAAUAAUGGACAUGCCAUCACUUGAAUUAGGUUCACCAGCUUAUAGGAAAUGUGAUAUGGAAGGUUGGAUGCCUGGAAGAAAAUUAUAUGGUGAAUUAUCCAGUUGUAGUAAUUGUACAGAUUAUCAGUCAAGACGCCUUAAUAUUAAGUAUAGGACAGAAGAUGGAAAUACGGCUCACGUGCAUACGCUAAAUGGAACUGCAUGCGCGAUACCUCGCAUGUUAAUCGCAUUGUGUGAAACGUAUCAAACAAGACAUCAUCGUAUCACUGUGCCAGAUGAAUUGGUGCCUCUGAUGAAGGGUAAAACACUCAUUAGAAAGCAACCAAUCGCAGAUAUGAGAACUUAUAAAUAUAAACCAAAAUUAAAUAUAAAACAGGAAACUCUGAAUGAAAUAUAAAUAUUGUAACUGUGCUGCUUAUGAAUGAAUACUAUGAUCAUAGAUUGAACAAAUUUCUUUUCUUUAUCAAGUUCUU